AUGAAUACUGCAGAAAUUACUUUGACCUACAGAUGUAUGAAGGAAUAGACCCAAGGCAGUAUGGGAUAGAGGUCAGCGCAGAAGAUGAGUGUGAAUUAAAACCUGACAGGAGUGACAUUAUGGAUUUAUAUCUCAAGUUACUGGAGCUUACCGAAGAUGAGCUGGGAACCCAGGACACAAGGGGAACAGAAACCACUGGAGCUUGCAUGAGGUGUGAAAGCGCUGGAGUUUGCAGUAAUAUACUGGGCCUGCGGCAGGAGGUGGAGAAAGAGAUGAUCCCUCCUUAUGUCGAACAGUUUGAAACCAGUGUGCAAGAUGACAUGAUUCUGGUUGGCAGCCUUUCACUUGAACAGGCCCAAGAUCAACGACAGAGAUGUUGUGAUGCACACAUGGAUUGCUGGUCGCAAGAGGAGCAUCUGGUUGAACAACAAAAGCUGUCUGUCAAAACACAGGAGGAAGAUGCCAAGCAACGUGUGAUGGCAUUUGCAAGGGACAAAACAAAGAGUGUGAAGCCUCAAGAAAUCAACUCGGAACAGUCAGAGUUUCUCCAGGCACGUCUUCGCGCAGCUUUCCAGAAUGCAGAAAACCAGUUACUCAAAGCUCUUGAAAACCGUGGUGGUGAGGUGCGUGCUCUGUACGGUGAUCUGACCGAGGUCAACCACCAAUACGAUGGCGUGCAAGACUGUCACUGGAAGGUUGAAUGGUCUGGGACUCCUCAGCUGGCGCAUAUCCAACUGAAAUGUCUACGGGGCGUAAAGGACAAACUACCUAAAGGACGGUACAUCCUCAGAGUUUCCCUGCUCAGCCGGCUUGGAGGUUUUCCUCUGCGCUGGUCUAAUUCACAGCAUCAGCACUGGGCAGAGGCAACUUCACCAGUCUACCAUGAUGGCAACUUCUAUAAUGUCGAAAUAAGUUUUAAUCAAAGCAUUGCUGUGGUGUUGCCUUCUGCGAAUGAACUCAAAGCAGGAAUUACCUUAAUCUUUGAACUCUUCCCACUGCAUGGAAUUAAUAGCAGCAUUGACCGGGCUGUGGCGUGGGGAGCAUUUCCCGUCUGCAAUGGCAAGUUGGAGAUUUUGGAAGGCAAAUAUAAAUGUCCCUUUUUAAGAGGCCACCAGGACCAUAAAAUAGAUGAAUUCCGAAAAAUCGAGGCUCUUAUGUCAUCAGAUGUAGAUCACUGGGUCUGCAACCUCUAUUUGCAGAUAAUAAAGCUCCCCAAAUCUCGUGUUGGACUGGAGAUGCAUGCAGUGGAGCUGCAGCUCCCUAGGCAACUGCUCCGCUCCCCUGAAUGCUCUAACGCCAAUAUACGAAUGGAAACCAGUGGGAACCCUGUGGAUACCAUCCCCGAUCUGAAGGAAGUGCAGCCUCAGCACACUGAUUUUCGACAUCCCCAUCUGCAGCCUAAAUGCAGUUCGCCUUCAGUUCCAGCACAAGAGCAAAACACCUGUGGAAGCAGCAGUGAGUGUGCAAAGAAAUCCGAUGAGCUAAUCAGAGCCAGUGGUGAGAGUGGAGUAUUCCUGAAGGAAAGUCAUCAAAACCUGGCUGAGUUUAACGGGAAGGAUAAACGACAGAGCACUGUUGAACAAAGCACAUCCCCUCCAGAACCACUGUGCCUGGAAGACUUGGCCCAAUACCGAUUCUCUAUUGUGUCAGAUUCUUCUCUUGACAAAACCAUGGAUACUCUUGCCUGGCAUGCUUGGUUUGUGAGCCAGAUGUUCCUGGAUCAGCUCAGAGCUUUACACUGGUGCUCACCGGAGACUUGGCUAUGUGUGCUUCUUGUAGCUUUAAUCUGGUUUGUGCGACUCUAUCUGCAUUACUGCAGCCAGUGGAUCUAUCUCCAGGCGAUUGGUGUCACCGUCAACAAGUUCCACUUUUAUCCACACACAGUCGAACUUAGUUACCAGAAUUCUCUAUUGGAGAUUCAUGCGGAGUUGACCAUUGUAGCCCUGGGACCCCUGACCUUGAACGUUACGUUACUUAUUAUGGCUAUGAUCAGAUUGGUCUGUCACGUACGAUCUGUCUCAUUCCCAUCCUUCUUGUCAAGGCUUUUCAUGGCAAUGGGAUUUUGGACAGUACUUGAUCCUCUGGCAAUAUUUAUUGUGGAUGGCAUCCUAGGGCGCCUGACUUACAGCACAAACCAUCCAAUAGGUGAUGCAGCCAAGCUUUACUGGCUGUUUUACAGAACACACCAUUCUGGGAUCCCUGGCAUACUGAUUACAGUCAUCUUGUACAUUGUGAUUCUCCUCUGCUCCCUUACAAUCCUGUAUUUGUAUUUGUUAAGUCUGCAGUCAACUGGGCACCUGCUGGAUGUCUUCUACCGAUUGCAUUCCACUGAGGAGAGAUUCUUCGUUCCUCGGGACUUGGAGCUGUCCAAUCAAGAGCUCAGCUACAUAGUGAAGAGGGCUGCGCAAUGGAGGGGAAUCAACGGUGAGAGAAGAAAGGUGGCAGUGUAUGACUACAUCAGGAAUAAUGAUCUCAUCGCGUGCUCGUCCCAAGGCUGCAGACCUCAGGAGCAAAAUCAAACACCUGGAUCAUUGCCUGGCCGGAGAGAUAUCACCACUCAUGUGUCCAUCUACAUUAGACACCUCAACGACAUACAAGAGCUGUACAGGCAUUUCCAUCGGAUGCCUGAUGGUGCCAUUGUUGAGGUGUUCGAUGCUGAAAACAGCGCAAGUUUCAUGCGGCAGCAAGUGAGUGGUCUGGACACUGAACAGCAAUCCUCCACAUCACCAGAGCUCCGAGAGAGACAGAAGAAGAUAUUCGAUGCUGUGAGAACUGGAAGCUAAAAGGAAUGGGACUGAAAAUUAUUUGCAUUAUCUCGAUUUAUCUUAGGAAAUUCUUUGGACAUUUCUGUACUUGAAACAUUAUAUCAGAGUUGCAACUUGUUUGAUGUAAGCACAUGAUAAUUACAAUUAGAACUAACGUCAACCAUUGCUCAUCAGCAAACAUGGUCACUGGUGCUAUUUGCACUCCGAUACCCAGUACUGUUGCCUUCAGUAGAACAGUGAAUCCGAAAAUCACAGAAUUCUUUCGUGUCACUUGCUAUUAGCAACCAAAGGACAUCUACCCCAAAAUCCUGGAAAAUUCAGAAUGUACAGGUUGAUGUGCAAGUGUACUGGGAAACAUUGUCCAUUUCCCUCCACAGAUGCCGCCUAACCUGCUGAAUUCCUCCAUCAGUUUUUUUCUUGCUUAUUAAUGUUGUGCAUCCAACAGAGUGCUACCUCACUGCUCUGUUAUCCUGGUUUUAAUCCUAACUUCAGGUGCUGAUGUGUAGAGUUUACACUUUUUCCCUGUGACUGCAACAGAUUAUAACCAUAAAAACAAUUA